AGGGGUCAUUAGGUUUUCGCCACACCCAUUCUUUUAUAAAAACUCAACUUUACGACUGUAUACUGUAGUAACUGCACGGCAGUAAAGUUUAACCUCGCAUGUACACGGGAGAUCUUAAAGUGAGCACACCGAUCGCUACGAUGGCGUAUCAAAAAUGUCACGGAAAAGAUAGUCCAGCUCCUGGACCAGUUGCUAAAGAUCUUGUUCGGCUGUACAGCAUGAGAUUCUGUCCAUUCGCUCAGAGAGCACGGCUGGUACUCCAUGCCAAAGGAAUCAAACAUGAGAUUGUCAACAUCAAUACUAAAGAAAAGCCUGCUUGGUUUUUGGAGAAGAAUCCUAAUGGGACAGUGCCGGUCUUGGAAACCGCAUCUGGUCAGGUGAUAUACGAGUCGCCAAUCACCUGUGAAUACCUGGAGGAGGUCUUCCCUCAGAAGAAACUGUGCCCAGCUGACCCUUUUGAGAGGGCUCAACAUAAAAUGUUGCUGGAGAAUUACUCCAAGGUGAUUCCAUACUUCUAUAAGCUCUCUAUGACCAAAGGAGAGGAUCUCUCAGUACCUGAAAAAGAGUUUAAAGAGAAACUCAGCCAACUAAAUGAUACUCUGUCAAAAAAGAAAACCAAAUACUUUGGAGGAGAUUCACUCACAAUGAUCGAUUACUUGAUCUGGCCGUGGUUUGAGAGGAUAGAAAUGAUGGGGCUAAAGCAUUGUUUGGACCACACUCCCGAGUUAAAACUGUGGAUUGAACGCAUGUAUGAGAAUCCCAGUGUGAAAGCCACCAUGUUCAGCAAUGAUGUUCACAAGGUGUUCUUUGACAGCUACAUGGAGGGAAAACCCAAAUUUGACCAUGGUUUAUAGAGUACAUCAUGUUUAAUAAGUACAAAGGCAGCAUAAUAUCUGUCCAUCUUCUCGUGGUGUUUUUUAUUAUAAUACUCUUUUAAUAGUAAUUCAUGUAUUUCUAUCCUGAUGAUGCUUUUUUAUUGUCAUUUAUACAUGGACCUAAAUAAACCAAAUGUUUACAUGAACAUAGCGACAAAAUAUAUGUAUCCUUAUAUCUACUCUUUUCCAUCUUAUGUAUCACUGUUUCUUUACUUUAUGGUCAAACAUUAAAGGCGUUGUUCACCCAAAAUUCUAUUCCUGUCAUUUUUUACUUCAUGUUGUUCCAACCAUGUUUGAUUUUCCAUCUUAAAACAACAAAACUGUGUUUUGAACAGGACCUGUCAGGCUCCAGAAAAGGCACCAUGAAAUGGGUGUGUCCAACAGGUUUGUAUGGAUUUGUUGAAUGGAAAAAUACAUAGCAUGACAACUUUGGUCUCCAGCAAAAAUCAUAUAGAUUUGACAUGAAGAUGGUACAUUUGUAUUUUUAAACAAUCUUUCCUUAACAGUGCUGUUACAAGUUUGGCCCACUACUGCUUAUGUACCGACUGAUACAAAAGGAACGUUUACAAUAUACAGUAAACAGACUUUACAUUCAGUGCAUGUCACCCUGCUGCAUUCUGAAUUGUUCAUUAGUGGUGCUUUCGUUUAAUUCUUUGGUAAAUAUCAUAUUUUGCAUGAUUACAAUAUAAAUCAUAUAGCUUGUUCGGAAAAGAUUACACAUUACAAAAUUACGCAGGCUUAAACUAGCAGUUUGUGGUAUGACUAUAACAAAUUCUAGUGAGAAAAACGCAUGCAUUUUUCUCUGCU